AUGAGUAGUAGAAAAAAUAAUAAAGUUUCCUCGAAAAAAAAAGGAAACAGUAACUCUGCCUCUAUCGAGGCAGAUCAGGAAGAGGAACAAGCUAUUAAUCAAACGAAAUCUGUUUUCGGGAUGAUGUUGCUUAGCAGCAAGUCAAACAAAACGACAUCAAUCAUUGAAGGCUCUAAACCGUCCGCAAAAAGACAGAAACCCCUCUCAUCUGCCUUCGAGGAAGAGGAACUAUUCAAUGAUGAGGAAAUGCCACACACAUCUCAAUUAUCCCAAGACUCUGGAACCUCACGUGAUCCUUUAUCCAUGAGCUUGGACGAACAUGAAUUUGCUCAUUAUUUGCCUGCGGAAAAAAAAAAUUUGACAACUGAUGAUUUCAAUUACAGCAUAAAUGUUUUGGAUCAAAAGAUUAAUUCAUUGUAUCAACUAUGUCGUUUAAUAUUAAAUCAACAAAAAGAAAUGUCAAAGCAAAUACAAAAACUGAUUGCAUUUGAUGAUCUUUCCGACGGUUUUUGGAGAAUGGCAUACAAGGAAGUCGCAAAGGAACUAAUCCCAGUAAAUCUAUACCCUUCCCCUAAGGAAUAUAGAGUUGCAUUGGAAAAUUUUUUGGCCGAACACACAGAUCAUUUUAUUGAUACUAUUGGGAGGACUUCCACUAUUAGAAAUGCCGCCUUCACCGUCUUAAAUAUCGAGAGAGUAGAUAAUAAUAUAUCUACCACAAGGCUUUCCGUGUGGAAGGCCUCAGAAGAAACCCGCACUGCCUACGACUCACUUUUUGAAAAUGAUGAGUUGAUAACCUCAAUUUGCCUUUUAGCUUUUAAACAAUUCUGUGGCAAAACUAUUCCUCUGAUGCAUUGUGCGUACACAAUGUCAAUCUGUGAUAUUCUUCUAAACCCUAAAGGUUCUAGUAUAAAAUGCACUGACAAAUCAAUCACAAGACGAGUUCAUGUUUUUAUGGAAUCAUAUGAAACAAAUCAACCCAUCUCUCAAGAAAAAUAUGCAGAAAUCGCACGUAUAGAAGAAGAAGCCGAAGCCACUAGAAAAGCCAAAAAAAGAUCAAAA